AUGACCUUUGGAUCUCGAUGGCAGGCUCAGCUAAAGCGAGACCCAAGAUGGAGUCCGGGGUUGCAUCAUCAGUCAUGUCAACCCUUCCAGUUCCCGAUGUCGAUAUUCCUUUGGUACAGCGACCCAGCCGUAUCAAGCCAUUUCUCUGGUGGAAACCAUGGAGAUCUUGGAUUCUUCCCGGUGCGCGCGUCCUUGAGUAUCAAAUCAAGCUGUAUCUGGUCGGGCAUCCCUCGCGGUGGGCAGGGUGCCUCCAGAAGACAACUGGCUCAGGCAAGCGAUCCGGCUAUGCCUUUGCCGGUCAGCGUACAGGAGGGCUCUCCUUAUAUAAGGGCCUCCGGUCAUUCGCUGAAUCCUGAGAACUUCGUCUUGAUGAAAGAACUCAACGCCCGUAUCCUUUCCGAUCUCUAG